CCCGGAGCUUGGGCCGCAUCGGUUGUUGUGGGAACGGUGGCGUAGGCAGGCACUGACGUCAGCGGGCGGCGAGCUGCCCGCACUGCGGCACCCGGUCCGCUCUCAGAGCCGGAGUGCCUGGCGGCUAGGGUGGCUACGCGGGUGCCUGCCUCCCGCCCCGCUCGGCGCGAGAAGCCGCUUCGCACAGUCCCGGCGUCGGCUCGGGCGAGACUGACUGUCGGCCGCUCGGGGCUCCGUUCUCCGGUGUCAACUUGGUGCUGAAUCUCGAACCUGUGAAAUGCCUUCUUAAUUACAUCCGAGAAAAGGUCUCACCUUCCAUUCAUUCGUCCACUUCUGGCCACCAGAUUUCUGCCCCUUCACAAACAGCUUUGCAAACAUGUGACUUCCUGUCUGCACUGCAGAUCCAGUGGACACUCUUCACAACUUGCAGCACGCUUGGAUCCUGAUUGAGUCAUUGCUUUAUAUUACAGCUGAAUGCUCUCCAUAAAGCUGAGAUAUGCCCACUGUGGAGAGUGAAGCCAAAGUAAAAACCAAAGUUCGCUUUGAGGAAUUGCUUAAGACCCACCAUGAGCUCAUUCAUGAAAGAAAAAAACUGAAGAAAAAAAUUGGCAAAUCUGGAGAUAAAAUUGCACUUGACACUGUUAGAAGCAAUCUUCCGAAAAGUAAAGAAACUAAAAGUGAUGAUGUAAGUGCUAUGAACACUAAUAACCCAGUCACUAAAAGCAAACUAAGGAAUCCCCAGUCAACACCUGAAAAUCCAGUUGAUGUUAGUGUAGAGGAAGACAAGCAAGGAAAGGCAAGUAAAAAGGUUAUGAAAACAGUACUCCAGAUGACUGCACAAGGAAUGGAACUGGAAGCUCCUGUGAGGAAGGUGGAUUCCACACACCAGAAAGCACAAACCAGGUCACAGCCAGGUGUUGCUUAUCAGAAGAGCAAGAAGGCAGAUGAAGAAAGAGAAAAUAAUAAUUUAGAUGAGGAAGAAGAACUGAUGCAAGCAUACCAACUCCAAGUAGCUGAAGAAAUGGCGAAGGAGAUUAAGAAGAAAAUAAGAAAGAAACUCAAAGAACAGUUGACUUACUUUCCCUCAGAUACUUCAUUGCAUGAUGGCAAAUUGAACAGUGAGAAAAAAAUAAAGAAAAAAAAGAAAGUUCCAGUCUCGUCUAAAGCUGAAACAAGUACACUGACCAUCUCCGAUGACACAGUUGAAAGUGAACAAAAGAAGGGCUCUCCAGUUAGAACAGUUACUUCAGAUUCUCAACAAGAUAAUAAGAUAAGCUCAGUGGAAGACAAUGUAGAAGACAGCAUGCAAGAUGACACAAAAUUCAAACCAAAAAAAAAGAAAAAGAAGGCUAAAACAGUUUCAGAUGAUAAUGAAGAAACUGAUGGUGAUGGUGUUCAUGAAGUAACAAGCCGAGAUAGUCCAGUUUAUCCCAAAUGUUUGCUUGAUGAUGAUCUUGUCCUGGGAGUUUACAUUCACCGCACUGAUCGACUUAAGUCCGAUUUUAUGAUUUCUCACCCAAUGGUAAAAAUUCAUGUGAUUGAUGAGAAUACUGGUCAAUAUGUCAAGAAAGAUGAUAGUGAACGGCCUGUUUCAUCUUACUAUGAAAAAGGGAGUGUGGAUUACAUUCUUCCUAUUAUGACCCAACCAUAUGAUUUUAAACAAUUAAAAUCAAGACUUCCAGAGUGGGAAGAACAAAUUAUAUUUAAUGAAAACUUCUCCCAUUUGCUUCGAGAUUUUGAUGAGAGCCCUAAAGUCAUCUUGUUUUUUGAGAUUCUUGAUUUCUUAAGCAUGGAUGAAAUUAGGAAUAAUUCUGAAGUUCAAAACCAAGAAUGUGGCUUUCGGAAAAUCGCUUGGGCAUUUCUCAAGCUUCUCGGAGCCAAUGGAAAUGUAAACAUCAAUUCAAAACUUCGUUUGCAGCUGUAUUACCCACCUACUAAGCCCCGAUCCCAAUUAAAUGUUGUUGAGGUUUUUGAAUGGUGGUCAAAAUAUCCAAGAAAUCGUUAUCCAUCAACAUUAUACGUAACUGUAAGAGGAUUGAAAGUUCCAGAAUGUAUAAAGCCAUCUUACCGUUCUGUGGUGGCUCUUCAGGAGGAAAAAGGUAAACCAGUGCAUUGUGAACGACACAAUGAGACCAGUUCAGUCGACGCAGAACCUGGACUAGAAGAUUCCAAAGAAGUGGUGAAGUGGAAACGACUACCUGGGCAGGCUUGCCGUAUCCCAAACAAACACCUCUUCUCACUAAAUGCAGGAGAAAGAGGAUGUUUUUGUCUUGCUUUCUCUCAUAAUGGAAGAAUAUUAGCAACAGCCUGUGCCAGCCGGGAUGGAUAUCCAAUUAUCUUAUACGAAAUUCCUUCUGGGCGUUUCAUGAGAGAAUUGUGUGGCCACCUCAAUAUCAUUUAUGAUCUUUGCUGGUCAGAUGAUGAUCGCUGUAUCCUUACCGCAUCAUCUGAUGGCACUGCCAGGAUAUGGAAAAAUGAAAUAAAUAAUACCAAUACUUUCAGAGUUUUACCCCAUCCUUCUUUUGUUUACACGGCUAAAUUCCAUCCUGCUGUAAAAGAACUGGUGGUUACAGGCUGCUAUGAUUCUGUGAUACGGAUAUGGAAGAUUGAUAUGAGAGAGGAUCCUGCCAUAUUGAUCCGACAGUUUGACACGCACAGGAGUUUCAUCAACUCUCUCUGUUUUGAUAUUGAAGGUCAUCACAUGUAUUCAGGAGAUUGCACUGGGGUGAUUGUUGUUUGGAAUACCUAUGUCAAAGUUAAUGAUGUGCAACAUUCAGUGCGCCACUGGAGUAUAAAUAAGGAAAUUAAAGAGAGUGAGUUUAAGGGGAUUCCCAUAAGUUAUUUGGAGGUUCAUCCCAAUGGAAAACGAUUGUUAAUCCAUACCAAAGACAGUACUUUGAGAAUUAUGGAUCUCCGAAUAUUAGCAGCAAGGAAAUUUGUAGGUGCAGCAAAUUAUCGGGAAAAGAUUCAUAGUACUUUGACACCAUGUGGGACUUUUCUCUUUGCUGGAAGUGAAGAUGGUAUAGUAUAUGUUUGGAACCCAGAAACAGGAGAACAAGUAGCAGUGUAUUCUGACCUGCCAUUCAAAUCACCCAUUCGAGACAUUUCUUAUCACCCACUUGAAAAUAUGGUUGCAUUUUGUGCAUUUGGGCAGAAUGAGCCAAUUCUUCUAUAUAUUUAUGAUUUCCAUGUUGCCCAGCAAGAGGCUGAAAUGUUCAAACGCUACAGUGGAACAUUUCCAUUACCUGGAAUACACCAAAGUCAAGAUGCUUUAUGCACCUGUCCUAAACUGCCUCACCAAGGCUCUUUUCAGAUUGAUGACUAUGUCCACACUGAACAUUCUUCAAUGAAGAUGCAGCAAGUGAAACAGAGACUCGAUUCUGUCACAGAGGUGAUACAAGCCUGUGCUGCAAAGGUCAACAAAAAUCUCUCGUUUACUUCAACAUCAGCCUCCUCACAGCAGUCUAAGUUAAAACAGUCAGACAUGCCGACCGCUCAUCAGAUUCUACAUCAGUUUGGUUUCACUCAGACCGGGAUUAACAGCAUGGAAAGAAAGCCUUGUAACCGCCGGGUAGAUACAACACCAACGGUAGUGGCUCUUUAUGACUACACAGCGAAUCGAUCAGAUGAACUAACCAUCCAUCGCGGAGACAUUAUCCGAGUGUUUUUCAAAGAUAAUGAAGACUGGUGGUAUGGCAGCGUAGGAAAGGGACAGGAAGGUUAUUUUCCAGCUAAUCAUGUGGCUAGUGAAACAUUAUAUCAAGAACUGCCUCCAGAGAUAAAGGAGCGAUCCCCUCCUUUAACCCCGAAGGAAAAAACCAAAAUGGAAAAACCUUCUUCAGCUCCUCAAAAGCAGCCAGUCAUUAAGGACAAGUCCCCGGGCUUCAGACUGGGCUCAGAGUCCAUGGCACAUUCUGAAGUGGGCAAAGAGCGGAGCCAUGAGGACCGAGGACACAUAAUGGAUAUGCACGUGAAGAAGAAUGAGCAAACCAGCAGAAAAAUCACCCUAAUAGAGUGCCAGAGCCGGCUUUAUGCAUCUGCUGGUGGUGCUAGAUGUUAACAGUGUGUUCAAGAAGCAAAGUAAAGAGUUGAAGAAGAAUGAAGAGACAACCAAAUACACAGAAAUGAAAUGACAAACCAAACAGAAUUUCUCUUCAGAGUUAAGAAUUUUCAGAUACUAAGGAAGAAAGGAAGGACCCACUACUUCUUGUCCUUAUGAGAGAAUCUAGAAAAAUCAGAAGCGAGGUACGAUUAAAAAAAUAAAUGUGGCCUUUUGACCUUUGUUGUUAUAAACCAUUGUGAUUGUUGAUCAAAGUAUUGGUACUUGUAUUUAUUAGUAAUUACAUCAAAAUUAUAUGACCACUGUUGGAAAACCUAUAAAGAAGAAAACAUAAUUGUUAUUCAACCAACAGGAAGGAGAAGUGUUUACACUGUUAGGAUGUCCAUGAAGCAGUCAUUUAAUAUUAUUAUAGCUGUAACGUGAUUAUGUAUGUGGUGUUAUGUUCAGAAUGUGAAAUAUAUGCUUUUGAAAUUUAGCUUUAUUUUAGAGAUAAGCAACUUCAGAAUAUUGUGUAUUCUAAAUGGUCCCAGUGACAAAGACAUUAAAAGGGAACACAUUUGUUUUGAAUGAAUCAUAUAUACGUAAUGUGAUACAUAUAAACUAAAAAUGGCCUUUGGCUUGAUUGGCAGCAGUGUUUCAAAUUUCUUUACUUUUUAAAAAGAGCAUUUCAUAUUUAAGCAUAUAAAUUUGUAGACUUUGUUGAAUAUUUAUUUUAGUCUUAACAUUUGUUCAUAAAUUAUUACAUUGCAUUAUUUAAAGCUUGAGUUCCAUAAUUAAUGGUGUCAUUACUAUGUGACUGUGUAUUUUAAAGUGUUAUAAUACGAAAGUUCAUUGUUUUUUUUUUUCUUGACUCUUGAAUCAAACUUAUGACAUUAUAAGUUUGUCAAUAAAAUAUUUAACCCC